UGGUUUGAAGGAAAUAUCACCAAAAAAUCAAAAUUUAAUUAAUACUAUUAUAAACAUUUAACGUUCCUUCUUUGCGAAGCUAAAAUGUUAAAAUCGAAAUCCUUUACUCUCAGUAGCAAUACGGAUAAAAACCAAAAAGGACGUGACCUUCUGUAUGAGCCCAGGCGUAUACGCUGGAACAGAUAUUUAAUUGCAAUAUCACUCAUCGGUUUCUCAUUGCUCUUGAUUUUGAGUAAUGUAAAUUUCUCGGGUGACUCAUAUGAGAUGGUUGUCGUACCCUUAAUUGAGAUCGAAAAUCAAACAGCUGAAGUGGGAACGAGCACAACCAGUGACAGCCCCGGGACAAUUACAACGGUUGGAGGAGAUACAACGGAAGAAGGACAGAGUGUUGGUGAGCUGGGCGAAGAUAGAGAAGAACAGGAAGAAAAAGGCAGCGCAGUUAUUGGCGUGCUAAAUAUUGAAACGGCUGCCGCUCAAAUUCCAAUCACAAGCUUCACCUGCGAUGACAACAGAACAUGCCAAACCAUAACUUGUACAGGUCAACCGGUCAACUCCAUAGCAAUUGAGCAAGAGUUCGAGUACUUUAUCCGGUAUUGCGGCAAUAAAUAUUUCGAUGUCAUCAUUGAGAAUUGCGUGUUUCAAAAAAAUACCAUAGACGCUUAUAUGUUCUCGGGAAGUUUUCGUUUGAACACUUUAACAAUUCGGAAUUGUCAACUGCAAACAAUCGCUGACAGCGCCUUCGAUCAAACAACAAUGCAUAAAUUGUUGAAUCUGACUUUUGAAGGUGUUCAAUUGAAAUCCUUGAGUGAGAAAACAUUUUCUGGCUUAGGAACAGUGCAAAAUUUCACGCUCAUCAAUCAACAACAAACGGCAAAUGCAACACUGACAGCAAGCAAUUUCUUGCAACCCAUGGCAGUCAAUCUGAGUAUGGUUAUUUUGCAACAAAUACAAGAGCAAUGCAAUUGUCAAACUAUUUACAACCCCACCGACUGGUUGGGCGAUGAUAGCGACACCUUGUAUGCGCAGCUAUUGUUUGUCGAUUUGAGUGGCACAAAUUUCAAUCACACACUCAACAACAGAACAUUCUCGAACCUGGUGGCUGUGCAACAGCUGCGGCUGGCCAAUUGUACUUUGAGUGUGAUUGGCGAGAAUGUGUUCACUGCAAUCGUACAAACUCUGCAAUACCUCGAUUUGCGUGGCAACAAUUUGCAAAGGUUGGAUGGCGAGUUUUUAGCGUUGGCAACACUGAACAAUGUGACUAUUGGAAUGUCGAGCAAUUUGUGGCGCUGUUGUGAGAAUACUGAUUUGGUUUAUUAUUUGCAACAAGUGGAAGACCAGUAUGCAAGGGAUGUGGUAUGUGCAACACCGGUGGAACUUCAAGGUGUACAAAUACGUUAUGCGGAAUUGAAUUGUAGCGAUAUGAUAUCAACUUCUACAGCAACAACAAAUAUGGUGACUACAACGCCAUGGAUAACAGCAACACCCAGCCCAAGUCCAAACACAACAAUAAUCAACACAGAAACCACGACAGAAGUCACUUUAAACACAACAAUAGCUUCAACGCCACCUACAACCACAAUGCCGACAACAACUGAAAAAGUAGAGACCACGGCACCAAAUACACCGGAUACAACAAUCUAUGAAACAACAGCAAUAACAAUAGUAUCAAUGCCUCCAAUAGCGACAAGUACAAGUGCUCCAAAAACAACUGUGACAACUAUAACUACAAGCACUAGACCGACAACGGUGAGCCCAACCGGGCAGUGCUACCAAAAUAAAUCAACAAAGUUCUUAGUUUGUUCUCAUAUAAUAGCCGUAAGUCUCUGCGACUACGAUGUCCCGUUUAAUGUGACAACGAUUUCACCGAAAAGCGUAGAGUUACGAAUCGGCAGUAACGCUAGCAGCUUUGAAGUGAUAUAUUUUCCAGCUCUGAACUACCGCAAUUAUCAAGCGCUUGCAGUGGGAAACAGUACCACCAUUGAUAUCGACUAUCUUACGUCAAAUCAAAGCUACGUUUUUUGUCUUUUACCCAUUGGUAUAAUAACGACCUCACCAUUCAACUGCCGUGCGGCAUACUUACCACCGGCAGUACCUAAAUCGUGGUUGAAUUAUAACGAUAGAGCGGUUUUCUUCACAAUCAGUAUACUUAUAACGCUAUUAUGCGUCGCUGUGGGCGUGGCAACGGUAUAUUUCUUACUUCGUUGGCGUCCAACACUUAUGUAUGGCAGCAAACGUUUACGCCGUCUCGCCUCUACAUCACACGAAGUCUUACUCUUUCCGAAACGGGAGCGUACAUCAUUGGAUUCACAAACAUACGCUAUGAAUGAGUUAUCGAAUAUGCCUUCAUCGAUCAGCGAUACGCUCACACCGGAGAACUGUCUAAAUAUCAAAUCUUACGAUUAUAUGCAAUAUUUCAAGAAUCACGAGUUAAAUAAAAAACAAACGAAUGUCGCAUAUAUUUCUUACAUACGUCCGCCAGAUAAUCGUGCGCCAGCACUGCCACCAGAGGCUCGUGGUGUCUAUAUCCCAGUACGUCAGCUCUCACAACAGUCUACUGUUAUUUUGGAGAAUGAGCCGAAGCCGUUGAAGUCGUGUUUACGUUCAGGUUCACGACUACCUUCCAAUGGAAAGGCAGUGGAAUUCGAAAAUGAAUAUGAAAGCUUAGAUUAUUAUCAAGAAAUAUAUUAG